CUUAGCUCUCUCUCACCCGCUUUCUCUUUUUCUCUCUUUUUCAUUCUCUCACUCCCUUCAUAUCAGAAUCGCGCAGAGCGGUGUCCGUGUGGGGAUGCGAGAAACCAUAGUGGAACGAGGAUCAGACAGAAGAUGCAAAUGAUCAUCAAAACACACCGCAAAAUAUGAAACUACUCAUUUGCAGCCGAGUAAAUCAUAGAAAACUGAUCGGGAACUGGCACCAUUCGCCGGAAUUGUGAUGCUGGAACUUUACAGUGGGAACAUGCCAAUGGAAGCUUUAGAUAAGUUGUUUUAACAAAAGGUAUACACACGCAAGCCGCCCAGUAAUUGGAAAUCAACGCUUUGCUGCAACAUUGUUACCUCAGUAACUGUGAGCUACUGCGCUUAUAUAAAGACAUUCUAUCGUAAUCUCUUGAACAAAAUCAGUACCACCACCAACAGCAGUAAAAGAUGAGCUCAUAUUUCGUCAACUCUCUCUUCACUAAGUACAAAAGUGGAGACACUUUACGACCAAACUAUUACGAGUGCGGAUUUGCUCAGGACCUAGGGACGAGACCCACCGUCGUGUAUGGUCCAGGCACCGGGGCCACUUUCCAGCAUGCUCCUCAAAUUCAGGAGUUUUACCACCACGGCGCAUCCACGCUCUCCGCUGCGCCUUACCAGCAGAGUCCAUGUGCGGUAACCUGUCACGGCGAGCCGGGUAACUUCUACGGUUAUGAUGCUCUCCAGAGGCAAACACUUUUCGGUGCUCAAGACGCCGACUUGGUUCAGUAUAGCGACUGCAAGCUCGCCACGGGGGGCAUCGGCGACGAGACGGACAACACAGAACAGAGUCCGUCGCCCACACAACUGUUCCCGUGGAUGCGACCUCAAGUAGCUGCCGGACGGAGACGAGGCCGUCAGACCUACAGCCGCUAUCAGACGCUCGAACUGGAGAAAGAGUUUCUCUUCAAUCCCUACCUAACACGCAAGCGUCGGAUUGAAGUGUCACACGCUUUAGGACUGACAGAACGACAAGUCAAAAUCUGGUUUCAAAACCGUCGCAUGAAAUGGAAAAAGGAAAACAACAAGGACAAGUUUCCAAGCAGCAAGUCUGAACAAGAGCAGAUCGAAAAAGAAAAACGGGAGAAAGAACAGGCAUCCGGUACACAGUCAGCCGGCGAAGACUGCGACAAGGCAAAACAAAUGUAGAGCGGAUGCAAGCGUGUGUGUAUGUGUGUGUGAGAGUGUAUGUGUAUGUGUGUGCGCGUGUGCGUGUGCGUGUGUGUGUGUGUGUGAGUGAGGCAGUGUUUGUGUGUGUCAGUCAAUCAAAAUUGCAAGGAAUAUAUAGGGAAAAUCAAACAGACUAUGAUGAACAGAAUAACGGUGCUUGCAUGACAGGCUUGUCUCAUAGAGACAUUGUAAUCAAGUCGGGUGGUUACAUCUUUCACUCGAGGAAGGAACAGAAAAAAUACUGGGACUUGACGAAUGAAUAAUUUUAAUGUGAUGCCCACAGAACAUCAGGAAGACGAAGGACAAGAAGCAUUUCUACUUUUUACCUGUUGUUCAGAGAGUACGAUAGUGUUAAAGCUAGUCUCCUUUCUUUGUGGAAUAAUUAUCGUGAAACUUAUGUUUCUAUUGUUAGGAUAUUGUCAUUAACAAUUACCUUGGCAGCUGUAUAGUUUUUAAGUUAAAUGGUGCACUUUUAACUGUUCUCACUUAUAUGUUAUGAUGACGUAGAAAUUACUGACUUCCAACAACAUGAAACUGCCUAUUUAUGCCGUAGAAUCUCUUUUUACACGUCUUUGGUUCUUCUUAAAUCGAUGGUAUUUUUGUUGUCUUCCUUUCUUGGGGUAAGCAUGCGCACAGUGAAUUAUAAAAAUGAAUAAACAUAAUAAAAAAGUAUAAAAAAUGUUAUGUGAUCCAUUGUUUACUACGCAUCAAAUUGUUGUCGUUUACGUUUACUGGUGAAGUAAUUUUUCAGAUGACUAUGUGUUUUGUUGUCAUUCCUAUCUGUAUUUUAGUGUCUACAACUGAAGACAUCAUAAGAAGGUGGACACAAUAAAGUUUACAAGCGAGAAUCCGUGA